AUGAACUCUAACUGGACCUUGGUCCGCCGAGCCUUCAAGAUUGACUAUUUUGCCUCUCCAACAAUUGCAUCCGUAAACUUCUUCCAAGUAUUACCAUCAAGAGCCUUAUUUACAGCGGAACUGGCCGAUUUUCUUUAUUAUGAGACUUCUAUAUUAGUCUCUCCUGCUGUUACAAUGACUACUGCUAAAGCACAGACUGUAAUUUUUCAACCUAGCCUUUGCACCUUUAUCGUUCAGUUCCACUUCGGGACAGCGCUAUGUGCUCUGCAAAGCAUAUGUCUUCUGGCGUUUGGUAGAUCACCGCCUGCACCAUUUGGUCUAGACGCUACCAGAGCGUAUAUUUCGCUAGACCUUGUGGUUAUGUGCUUCGCCGCGACUUUUAAUCGGGACACGAAAUCUAUAGACUAUGGGGAAUGCCGUUCAACUUUAGGCAAUAGCAAUGAGGGAUAUAGGUCCAUCUAUCAUUAUCCUAGCAUGGAGACUACUCAUGCCAAACUCAGAAAGCUCAAGCCCGCGAGCAGAUUUGAUGCAAUAAUGACUGUAGUAUCAAAGAGAUACUCGGAUAAAUAUCCUCUUGGGCGGAUCUUACUUUCUGUGCAAGGAGUAAAUCGGAUGGAAGCUGUAAGCGCAGGUAGACAGAUGUCCUUGAGGCAUUUUCUAGAGCACGUAUCCACCAGCUUGACAAACAUACGAGCCCAAAUUAGCAGAGAGGGAGCUCUUCAUGCCCUUACUAUUAUUGAAAUAGUACUAGCAAAUCAGAACUCUUUCUAUCAUUUACGGUUGAUUCUGUAUCGUCUGCACAUUGUGUAUAUCGCGCUCUCCACGAAAGGCCAGUCGGAGGAUCCAUUGAGGCGUUGCAGCUGGUCUCACGCCUUUGCACUUCGGAACCUUGACUGGAGAUUCUCAAAUGACGGGAUCCUUCUAGAGCAUGGUGUCGACCCAAACGCCCUUUCAGACUAUAGCGAAAGCUCUUUCCACCUUGCACUGCGCACAAUGCUCAAUGGAACAAGAUACGAAGGCGAUUUCGAAGAAGAGGACAUCUACGGCGGACUGUUAGCUGUCGCUGUCUCGCCUCUCGACCAAUCGCCUCCUGCGGGCGUCUGCGGAUCUCCACCCCCGGCUCUCGCGCCCCCCGCCGCUAAUGGCUCCUGUACUGAAUUGACUCACAUAACCGUAUCGGACGCGUACCAGAGUAUUAUCGGUGCACGUCCGACACGAACACGACACGACACAGACAUGAACUUAAGCACAAACCGCCUCAACACUAACUAA